CUCAGCCUAGCCCUGCGUUCGUGCGACCACGUUCCGCGCGAACGUUCGGCGCGAACGUUCGCGUGGUGGUCAGUGGCCAUCAUCGUCCAAAGUCCAAAGUCGAAACCGACAUAAAUUAGGCGCUUCCGGAUCCCAAUUCCACUGGCAGAUAAAAAUCCCCAAUCUCACGCGUCCUCCCCUUCCACCCGCCUCUUCCAACGAAACGCGAAACCCUAGCCCGUCUGAUCUCUCUCUAUCGCCAUGGCCGGCGGCAAGAUGAAGGAGCACGACGGCGCCAGCCCAGCCAAAAUCUUCAUCGGCGGGCUGCCUAAGGACACCACCAUGGGUACUUUCAAAGAAUACUUUGGGAAGUAUGGGGAGAUAGUUGAUGCCGUCAUAAUGAAGGACCGCUUUACCCAGAAACCCAGAGGAUUUGGAUUUAUUACCUUUGCAGAUCCUGCUGUUGUUGACAGAGUGAUUGAGGACAACCAUGUUAUUAAUGGAAAGGAGGUUGAAAUUAAGAGAACUAUUCCAAAGGGUGCUGCCCCCCUAAAAGAUUUCAAGACGAAGAAAAUAUUUGUUGGUGGAUUACCAUCUGCUUUGAAAGAAGAUGAAUUCAAGGAGUUCUUUUCGAAAUUUGGAAAGGUGGUGGAACAUGAAAUCAUUCGUGACCAUUCAACUAACCGGUCACGAGGAUUUGGAUUUGUAGUCUUUGAUGCAGAAAAAACUGUAGAUGAAUUAUUAGCUAAGAAAGGCAAUAUGAUUGAUCUAAAUGGUUCUCAGGUGGAGAUCAAGAAGGCCGAACCAAAGAAACCCUCUAACCCACCUCAUCGUUCAUUUGAUAGUGAACCUAGGGGCCGUCCACAUGCGGAUGGUUAUGAUGGAUUGGGCAACUCUUAUAAUUAUGGUGGUAGCUUUGGCCCCUAUAGAUCACCUGGAAGUUUUGGCACUAGGCCUGGUGGUUACAGUAGUUCUUAUGGCCCUGGUGACUAUGGUAGUGGCUAUGGUGCUUAUGGUGGAGCAUUAGGAGGAUAUCGUGGAGAAUCAUCUCUCUAUUCUAGUCGCUUUGGUAGCACUUAUGGAGGAAGCUUUGGUGGUGGUUAUGCUGGUGGCAGUUAUGCUGGUGGUUUAGGUGGUGCAUAUGGGCGUGAUGCUGGGGGUUUUGGUGGUUCUAGCUAUGGCCCUAGUUAUGACUCUUCUUCAGGUCCUGGUGCUGGUGUUGGCUUUGGCACGGGUGGACUCUAUGGUGCUAGAGGAGGCUAUGGUAGCAGUGGUGCUGGUGCUUCUGGUCGUUAUCAUCCAUAUGCAAGGUAGACAGCUUCAGAUGCUGCCAUGUGUGUGUUAGAUAAGCUUGCAGAAGGUCGGUACUAGACAAGGCAAGAUAAAUUAUCUGCAGCUAGAAAAGAAGAGUUGAAGUUUAAUCUGCUAAGGUUAUGUACCUCUCCUGCUAGAUUUGGCUCUGCUAAGGUUUAUGUACGCCUGUUAGAUUGGCUCUGCUAAGGUUGCUGUACCACUCCUGACUCCUGUUAGAUUGGCUUGUAGAAUUUAAAAUCACUUUUUCAGUGUUUAGAAUUCAAGAGAUCGCACAUAUGCUUUGAUUAGAUAGCAAAGUCACUAUGGCUGUUAGUUUAGCUCGUAUUUAGUCGAUUUGAGAUGCAACUGGAGCAUAUUUUCUGUGGAUCUUUCCUAUCAUAGGCUUGAUAUGAUGGCGAUGAAGUAUCUUGAAUUCAUAGUAGUAUAUCA